AGACUUUGUACAGAACCUGGAACAAAACCUCGUGGUAUAAGAUCCUCUCUGUCUCAAAUUGCCGAAACUGCCUCCAAAAAUGAGUUUUUUUCUGAACGGAAAAGUUGCGGUCGUCACAGGGGCAAGUUCUGGUAUUGGUGCAGGUAUUGCCCGCCAUCUUGCCACUCUUGGGUGUAGUGUGGUGCUAGUUGGUCGAAAUGAUGACAACCUACGAUUGGUGCAGGCUGCAUGCGAAGACAAGGGACUAGACGCCGACAAGAUUCUGAUCGUCAAAGCAGACCUGACUUUGGAAAGAGAUGUCAAGGAACUUGUUAAGAAGACAAUAGAAAAUUUCCCAAAACUUCAUAUUUUGGUAAACAGUGCAGGAGUACUUUCCUACGGUGGUCUCUUGGAGACGACAGUGGACCAGCUAGAUGCACUGGUGUCCGGCAACAUCCGUUCCAUGUUCUUGGUUACAAAGCAUUUUACAUCUCAUCUCGCUAAAACAAAAGGUUCGAUUGUCAAUGUGUCCAGUACUUCAAGUAAAAGAGCGUCUCCCGGUCUUCUUGGAUACGGAAUGACCAAAGCAGCUGUAGAUCACUUUACAAAAACAGUUGCAAUCGAGCUUGCUGACCAGCAGAUACGAGUCAAUGCAGUGAGUCCUGGUCUGACUGUAACUCCAAUUUACCAGAAAGCUGCUCCCAAGUGGAAUCCAACGGAUGAAAAUCUUGAGGAGGAGGGGAGGCGUUGGCACCCACUGGGGCGAGCUUGCACCGUGGAUGAUGUCGCCAUGUGUGUGGCUUUCCUCGUGUCCGAUGAUGCCAGCUUCACAACGGGGGAAAUCCUACCAGUAGACGGCGGUCGGCACAUCGCCCAGUCUCUGCGCUAGAGGGGAAGGGUAAUCUAUCACGAUGGUAGCGCACUCAUACGCGCACCUAUCAUGUCCGCCAUCUCAGGAGUCAAACUGUAAAGGAAUAUUCAAUGGAGACUUUUGAACUCUUGGUGGCAGCAGACUUGCCAGGUAAAUGUCCAUUGUUAACGUAGUUAUAAGGAUGUUCACAUCACUGAGAACAAUGGAUUUUACCUAAGUAAGUCUGAUGCCACCAAGCGUCCCAAAAGUCCCCCAUUGAUCGCCAUUUUAGAGAUCAAUGUAUUCCACCGGAAGGACCAACUACUGAACAGUCUUGUCGGUCCUAAGACGGAUCUUGAUGGGUCUUGGCCUCGGGUGUACUGGUCUUGACUACUUUUUAACAAGUGGUGGGGAACCAAUUAACUUGAUUUCUAUAAGAAUCAUACUUUAAUUCUUAAUUAUUUGGAUCGAUUUUAAACCGAUCCUUGUAUCUUUUGAUUUUGAUAUGUACAAAUCAUUUACUUUUUAAAAAUUAUUUUCAACUACUUUAUUUACUCAAUACUUUCCCGAAUUCCUGUGAAGGUGCUAAAAGACAUUGGACACUAUCGGUAAUUUUCCAAGACCAGUCUUCUCACUCGUUAGGGUUAGG